AUGCCUCCAAUUCGAAUCCCGAUCUCUCGGUCGCUGAGACCUUACACCCAUGCCCGAUUCCUCGCCACAAGACCAUCUGGAAAUCCCAUCUCCAGCAACCCCCAGGCUCAAUCUAUCAACAAGUCCCGCGGGAGGGAGGCGGGGCACUCCGACGAAGCAGAUACACGGUCGGUGCAAUCCCCGGUCUCGAUGCACAGGGCACAACCGUCGGAGGCGCACGAGGGCGAGGAGCAGACAAGUGCGGAUGCAAUGAUCAAGAAUGAUCCCAAUGAGCCGACAGAGAAGAAGAGGGAGAAUGUGGAAAAGGUGGGGAGGAGGAAGAUGGGGCCGGAGGAUGAGCAGAGGUCACGGCGGCCUAGGGUUUAG